CUUACGUGAAUCGCGCCAUCUUUGUUCUUGGCAGCAACGGCUUCAAGAAGCUUGUGUUUUCCUCUCGCCUUCCGGUCAGGAGAAAGCACUAGUCGAUUUUUUAUAUGACGUGCCCGCCGAAUUGGGGCUUUAAAAACUGUUUGAUGCUUGUUAGAAGUUACAAGAUAUUAACAAAGGUGAGAAAUUGGUUUGUUGUCCCGUUUUUAGUGCACGUUUUGUUUGGAUUCGUGCGUGAUUGAUCGGAUGAUUGAGUUCUUCGGAUGUUCGUGUCGCUAGUCGGGACAGUUUAACCCGAAUUCACGUUUUUUAAAUAUUUUCCCACGGCAAAUUUUGUCAAAAAUACGAUUAAGUGAUUCACGAGGUUUCCACUCUAUAACAACAGGUAAAAUAUUGAAAGGGAAUGAAACGUGUUAUCAAACGUGUCAAGAAGCUUUUCUAUGGCGAUGUUUUUGUUGACUUAAAACCAAUUUUCCUUUCCAUGCGGAAUUAUACUUCGUGUUCCACACAAAACGCUACUUCAUUUACUGUUUGGCUUUGAAAAAAGUCCAACUUUGCGCGAAAACUUGAAACAUGGAUUUCGCGGUCUUUUUGACAGGUACCUGAUGCGGCUUUCCUUCUGUAUGGUGUGAGCGUACCAACCUGAUUUCGGCUCGGCAUCGGUCACGCUGGCUCUAAUAGCCGUCAUUUCUACCUUUCAACUUCAGAGUGGAUAAAUUUUAUUGUUUUUAGUAGAUUGAGUCUUGAAAAUUAUGAGAAAUCGUGCGAGAAUAGGUUUCGUGAGUUACAGGAAAUGUAUUGUGCAAGAGAAAUGGAUGGUUUGUUGACGAAGGACCCAUAUUGUUUGCUUUAUCUUAUGUCCGUCGCGUCGCUCACAGCGGUGCAGGUCUAACAUUCAGCUUUCUUCAAGACUUAAAUUUGUUGUUUUUGCCGUUCACAGGAACGUCGAUGGCUGGCCCAGGACGUUUUGUCGACAUAAAUCGAGCCACGACCGAAGAACUUGAGAGUUUAAGUGGAGUGGGAAGAACAAUAGCGAAGAGUAUUGUGGAAGUACGAACUGCCUUGGGCGGUUUUUCGAGUAUCGAAGACUUGAAAGUUAUCCAAGGAAUCGGAAAAAUUUUCUUUGAUGUCAACAAAAAUGGCUUGUGUUGUACACCGACGUCAUCCGUUACCAGACGCGAGACAAGGGGCUCGGCUAAAGCAAAAACUGGAAGGCCCUCGUUAAAUAGAAGGUGUUCUCCUACACGGACGUCAAGUAAGGGACAAAGCACACCAAAAGGAAAUGGUGGCGAAUCUGCGAAACGGAAACUUUCAUGUAGCAGUAGUCAUCAGCUUGAUGACGAAGAAAGUGAGAAAACAUCACCAGAAAAGAAAUUUUGUACCCCAGCCCACAAGAGACUGCUAAAACUCCUUCCCCUUAGAAAUUAUGGGACAAUUAAGACUGCAACACCUCUGAUGAGUCCUGUUGACAGCCGCCGCAGACACAUGUCAUUCUGCGGCCAUUCCCCAGCAGGACUGGAGGAAUGGUUGCGCACAUUUCACCAGUGGUCAGUGGAGGAGCGGAAGUACGCUCUUGAUGAAAUCAUUGAGACAUGUGAACCUGCAAUUGUGAGGCAUAUUAUGGGUACAAUUGAACCAAGGUUUCAGCGGGACUUCAUAUCUCUGUUACCAAGAGAACUCGCUUUGUACGUCCUGUCAUUUUUGGAACCCAAGGACUUGCUGCGUGCUGCUCAAACCUGCAAAUGUUGGCAAACUCUUUGUGAUGACAACUUGUGAGUAGGCCCAUUUUCUCAUUUCUAGUUCAGGUCACCUUAAAAGAAAUUGUUGACACAUACAACCUGUUAACUUGGACAGACAAAAUGGAAAACUUGUCCUGAACAAUUCAUUGUUAUAUUUUCAUCUCUAUGAAGGACCAAAUCUUUAUACUGAAAUGUACAUAUUUUAUAAGCACAUAAUAAACCAAUAUGUUUGGUAUAUGACUAGAUCACAUCUAAAGGAUAUAUGAAUGCAGAGCUGCAAAUAACUUUCUCCUCUUAAAAGGACAUGUGUCCCAUUACCCAGCUAUCUUUGGUCGGACAAAACAAAAUUUUGGUCAAACUGCACCAUGCAGUCUUGACAUGUUUGACUUUAGUAAAUGAUAUCUUUAGUUACAUUGGCAAAAUUAUUCACUCCGAUCCUGCGCUUGUACAGAUAAACUAAUAAAUGGCAGUGCAAACCCUUAUAAAAUGAUCCGGUUAAUUUUCCAGCAGAAACUUUUGUCAAGUAAUGAAUAACAUAAUUAGAUGCAUUCCGACGACAGACUACCACACUGGCGCUCAUGUCUUGUUUUCAAUUCAUAGCAAAUUUUUACUGUGAUGACUCUCGAAAAAUAAGAACAAAAAGAAAAAUCUUGAGAAUGUCCUAACACAAAGUAAAAUUUACUCAAGGUAGAUUUUUAUUCUUCCUUACUGUAAAAUGAUUUAUGAUAAAAAAUUCUCUGGACAUAAUGUCUGAACACAGGUGGGAUUUCAUUGGACACAAGCAAAUUUUGGUCAACCAAUGGCCAAUCACCGCCUGUUAUUUGCAGCCCUGUGAGUGUUUUGUGAAUAUAUGUCUAUUUCCUUGUAUCAUGAAGGUUAUAAAUCUGACCUUUCUGUGUCUUCAUUUAAUAGGCUUUGGAAACAGAAGUGUAAGCAAGCAAGGAUAGAAGAAGAGCCACUAAAUCCUGUCAAGUGUGUCCGACGCAGAUCUAAUGGUUCACAACAGGUCAACCAAACUACCAAAGCUUUAAAUAGCCCAUUUAAAAAACUUUUCAUGACAAAACAACGUAUUUAUUGGAAUUGGAGGAUGGGACCAUUACGCCCAUCUAAAGUCCUCAAAGGACAUGACGACCAUGUUAUUACAUGUCUUCAGUUUUGUGGUAGUAGAAUUGUGAGCGGUUCUGAUGAUGGCACACUGAAAGUGUGGUCUGCCCUAUCUGGCAAGUGUCUCCGCACUCUUGUGGGGCACACAGGUGGAGUCUGGUCAUCCCAACUGAGUGGUAAUGUAAUUGUCAGUGGCUCCACUGAUCGAACACUCAAGGUUUGGAAUGCAGACACUGGACAGUGCAUGCAUACACUGUAUGGACACUCAUCCACUGUGCGCUGCAUGGACAUGCAUGAUAACACUGUAGUGAGUGGCUCCAGGGAUGGAACUCUAAGAGUUUGGGAUACAUCUUCUGGAAACUGUCUUCAUGUAUUAGUUGGCCAUCUUGCGGCAGUGAGAUGGUAAGUAGGAUUAUAGACAUACAGUUGAACCUCCAUUAAGUGGUCACCCUGUAUUAAGUGACCAGUAAUAAAAGUCCCGAAAUAAUGAGGAAAAGAAUGGGGAAUUAAACUGCUGCCACAUUUUGGCUGUCCCAACAAGAGUUCUUCCAUUGUUUUCAUCAAGGGCUUGAUUAGUUCUAAGUCUUUAUUUUAAGAAUAUGAUGAAAGAAAAUACAGUCCGAGAUAGAAUGUAACUACUGAUUGUGGACCAGCAAUGCUGCUUCUGUCACGUAUGUGUUUCAAAAUAAAGCGAUGUUUCUGCUAAAGAUGAUAAAUCAUUGAGUAGCCAACCUCCAAUAAGUAGCCACUGGCUAGUACCCCAAGGGUGGCCGCUUUAUGGAGGUUCAACCAGGGUUGUCACUAAGAUUUCAAGUUGCCGGGUAAACACAACAAGUAGGCGGGGAGUCAAACGGCUAGGGAUUUCCUUUGGUUCUAUUUUUCUUCUAUUUUCCAAUAAAAGUAGCCGGGGGCCACUCUCUUAGUAGCCGGGGAAAAUCCCCGGCCUCCGGCUCUUAAUGACAACCCUGUUCGCCUGUAGUCAUAUUUAUUUCUCUUCCCUUUUCUACAUCAACAAGAAACAGAUCAUCCAUUUAUACUGUUUUCACUGUAAAAAAUAUUGUGGUAGAUAUCUGUGAAGUGGUUUGUAUAUCAAGAAUUUCAACGCCCAAGUUAUUUAAAAGACAAUCAGCACAAAGCCAGGCAUAACCACUAUGCCAGCUUGUAUUCUCUGUUACUGGAAACCAGGAAUUGGAGCUCACUGGGCUCUGAAAAACCUGCUGCAGAUAGCUAAGGUCACUGUAGACAACUGUAGCCUCUGGGUAUUUUAGAGGUGUUGAUUGACUGGAAAGUAAUUUUUGUAGUGGUUCAUUCAGAGUUCCCAUGUCUAGUUUCAGUAGCUUUUUUAUUUGAACUUCUUGUUGUCAGAAUUACCUACAUAGUAAAUGCAGAGGUGAAUGCUUUUAGUGGGCCUUGAAAAUAGAGUCAAUUAAAAGGUUUCCGUACAAUAGCAUGGUUGAAAAAAACUUUGAAUUCCAGCUUGCUCUUUGGGCUAGCCACUCACACAUUUUGCUUGCCUGGGACCACUUCUUACUCAUCUUAGUUAAUGAUUUUGUCGGAAGAUAACUUGUCCAGUUGGGCAAGUAAGCUUCAAAAGUUACUUACCCCGCAAUAAAAUCUAUUUGUCCUGGACUACCAGGUAGGACUUUUCUUGAGCUCUGAAGAAAAGGAUGAGGUUUUAUGUUCAUGUAAGAUGAUUAUGCAACUUAUAAAUAAGAUUUCACUGUUCAUGUACUUUAAGAAUUUUGACAUGAGCAUGACUUGAAAGCUGUUCUGUUAUGUUUCCUAGUGUGAAGUACGAUGGUAGACGUGUAGUCAGUGGAGCUUAUGACUUCCUUGUAAAAGUUUGGGACCCAGAAACAGAACAGUGUAUACACACUCUACAAGGGCAUACCAACAGGGUCUACUCCUUACAAUUUGAUGGUGUGUACAUUGUUAGUGGUUCACUGGACACCUCAAUACGUGUAUGGCACGUGGAGACUGGUCAGUGCCUUCACACCUUAAUUGGACACCAGUCACUCACCAGUGGUAUGGAACUUAAGAACAAUACUUUGGUGUCUGGGAAUGCUGAUUCAACUGUCAAAAUCUGGGACAUCACUUCUGGUCAGUGUUUGCAAACCCUUGCAGGUCCAAAUAAGCACCAGAGUGCUGUUACAUGCCUGCAAUUCAACAGCCGCUUUGUGAUUACUAGCUCAGAUGAUGGCACAGUGAAAAUCUGGGAUUUGCGUACUGGAGAGUUUAUCAGAGAUCUUGUGAAGUUGGACAGUGGGGGUAGUGGUGGUGUGGUUUGGAGAGUAAAAUGUGAUGAAAAGAAACUUGUUUGUGCUGUGGGAAGCAGAAAUGGUACAGAAGAAACCAAGCUCCUGGUCUUGGACUUUGAUGUACAUGAUUAAUAUUUCAUUCCUUUGAAAAAUCUCUAAAUAAUUUUUGUGCAUUACCCUGAAAGUAAGACUACCUUACAAUUCACAUGGUGCCUUUUUGUAUAGAUUUGAAUAUAGAGUAUACUGACUUAAAAGAUUUCGACUCAUAAAUAGCUAUUGUUACUCUUUAAACUGGGUAGUUGAUUUUUGGGAAGCAAUAGGCACACAACAGAGUUUUCUUGUUGAUCAUAGUCUCUUUUGAGGAGUGGACAUCAGUGUAAAAGUCACAUUUGCCGUCUUGUAAUAAUAUUGAAGCUUAGCAUUCACCAACGUUGGCUACUCGUAUGUAUGCACACAUUUGGUUUAUAAAAAUACUUUAACCCUAACCCUAACAUUAACUCUUUUAUAUAUCAACUAAGUUUCAUCCCUUUGGUCCCAAUCCCAAUAUGUCCCAAAAUCACCUUUAUAAUAAAUGUGUAAUCAUACAAAUAGCAAAGUAGAAGAUUUUAUGGAAGGAAUCUAUUAGUUGAAUUGGGACUCAAUGGAUCAAACAUUAGCAAAAUAUAUAAAGUAAUGCAACAAAAUUAUUAGAUUGCAGACAUACAUGAUCUGUAAUGUUAGAUUUGUUGCUUAAGACUGCUUACAAAACAACAUCAGCAAAAGCUAUAGUUCAUUUAGUUUGUGAAUGAACUUGUUUAUUAUCAAGUCAAUCAAGCAAGGAGAAAUGCCUGCUGGCCAGGCAAAUCAAUUAAAUUCAAUUAUUGUAAGAAUUUGACAAAUGUAUCCAUCAAGGACUGUACAAAAAGAGUGACCCACCUCGAUGAGAAGUUACAAAAAUAUAUAUAUUUUUGACAGCCUUUGAAUUAUCAUUAGAGCAAAUGUGGGAUAAUUUUGCUUGUGUUCACAUGGUGUUAUACCCUGCUGUCAGCGUGUCUUUGUAUAUUGUUACGGGACUUAAAUGGCAUUGGAUAUUUUGUGGUAUCCUUAAGUAAUUUUUCAACUUGUGUUUUUGGAACUGGCAUCAUUUUCAGACGAUUGUAAAGUCUGUAAUAAGUUAUAUGUUGGGUUACACAUCAACGAUGGAAGAAAAUAAAGCUUAUUUUUGUACUAUCUGC